AUGUACUACGACAACGAAUGCGAGACGUGCGAUCGCGAGUUUGGUAGCCAGCAAGCCGCCAUCCAGCACAUGGAUGCACUUGACCACUGGGCCCCACAAUUCGAAUGUGACACAUGCGAUCGAGAGUUCUUUAGUCAACGCUCCGCGAACCAGCACAUGGACGACACAGGACACUGGGAGCCCCAGUUCGAGUGCGAAACUUGUAACAAGCGAUUUCAUACCCAGCGCUCGGCAGAUCAGCACAUGGACGCUACGGGACAUUGGGAGCCUCAAUUUGAGUGCGAGACUUGUGACAGGAGAUUUCGUUCUCAGUUGUCCGCUAAUCAGCACAUGAGCGCUUUGAAUCAUUACGAGCGACACUACUGCUACAGUUGUUAG